AUGGCACCCAGACGCAGCGGCGGCGGUGGCACCGGAUACAGCAAUGCCUCAUGCCCGGACGCCUUCAAUACGCCGUACGCCCAAGCCGCGCUCGCAUUUGUGGUGCUGUUCCUGGUUCUGUACACGGGUAUUUUCAUAUCGACGUUCUUUGUUCGCAAGAAGAGCGGUGCCGGAAAGAAGUUGAUUGGUGUACCUUUCGUUGUAGCCCUAUUCCUCCAAGUCAUCGCGCGAAUUUUGAGUCUCGUAAGCCAAGUCAUGUCAGAGUGCGACAAUAUCAACUACUUUGAUUAUUGGAAUAUCAACGUUGCCUCCGCCAUCAUGAGCAGUUUGGCCAAUGCUGCGCUGCUGUUCGUGUUCGUCUACGUCCUGAACUCCAUGCUGCACAAGCAAUUUGGGAACAUGUCAUCUGGUUCCAAAACCGUACUUCUGAUUACCAUUGGCGUUGCGUUUGCUGUCAUCCUAGCAGACGUUAGCAUGUUUGCCUACGUCGCAUUGGCGGACAACUCCUUGGAAUCCAACUGGGACUUUGCGUUACUAGUUUCAAAUGGUCUCGAUCUUGCCUACGACAUCGUAUGGAUGAUCGACCUCUUCGGCUGGGUUACCGCCCUCUAUGUUACCCUAUUCGUGAACGCAUCAUUGGGGGUAGUCUACUCAUCCAGUAUCUACUGGCCCGUAACACCUUCUCUUGGCGCAUCGCUGGCCUUGUCUUACAUCAUGGGCUUAAUCAAAUGUUUGGCUUUUAUAACGCUGCUGGGCAUCGCCAAACACGUCUCCUGGAACCAGACGAUCGAGAAGACCGAACAAACGUAUGCGCCCGUUACGCAGCAGCAGGUCACGUACGGCUAUGGCAAUGGACAACAGGAUUACUACCAGCAGACACCCGAACUUGUACAUGUCAAGUAG